UUGUUUUUGGUAUGUUUAUAUUUAAUGCUGUAAAAUGUGGUUUAAGUGAAAAGAUUACUAGUGUUAGAAAGUGUUUCGUACUUUUAUGUUAAUGGCUACAUUUUACCAAAUUCCAUAAUUGCUAUAUAAACGGACAAGUCUUAAUAUUAAAUGUUAAUUUACGAUAGUUGAAUGGCAAUCAAAAGUGUUAAACAACCUUGCGGCGAGUGACGGUCGAUGCACAGUGGCACAUUAAAUGUGAUGUAUCAUUAAGUUAAAUAACAUUCAAAAAGAAGGAUCUAUUUGGACUAGCUGUUGUGAAGCAUGGAGCUGAUCACUGCUGUCCUGUCGGGCUUGGUCAUUGCGGCGUUUAUUCUUAUCUACAAGAAACGGAAACAAACGCCUGAAAGACAGUGUGGGCGAGACUAUCCGGCCGACACGGUUAUACUCCACCAAUUUCCUCGAGGACCGUUCGCCCCGAGUAUGUCCCCUUUCUGUAUUAAAAUAGAGACGUUUCUGAGGAUGGCAAAAAUACCGUACCAGAGCGUUCACAGUUACACAAUGGGGCCAAAAGGGAAGUCGCCGUGGGUCGAGUACAACGGUGAGACCCUUGGAGACAGCGAGUUGAUUAUGUCCUACCUGGUUGAGAAAUGUGGGGUGAGCCUCAGUAUGGGCCUAACAGAGGAAAAGAAGGCCAUAGGCCGGGCCUUCCAGACCCUCGUAGACGAACACAUGUAUUGGCUUGUUUUGUUAGAAAGAUGGGUGUUCCACAAAUCAGAGAUGUCUGGCACUCUCACCAAACUUCCCGCCAUUUUAAUAUGGCAUAUCAGCCGGAAAACUAAGAAUAUGGCGUAUGCACAGGGCCUUGGCAGACAUACGCAAUCCGAAAUUGAAACAUUGCUUGAGAAAGAUUUGAAAGCAUUAUCGGAUUAUUUAGGUGACAAGAAAUAUUUUGUCGGCGAAGAACCUAAAGGGGUCGAUUGCGCGGUGUUUGGGCAGCUGUGUCAAGUCCGUUACCAUGUGCCAAACACUGUUAAAGGAAGAACAUAUUUACAAGAAUCCCUUCCCAAUCUCAUUUCUUUUAUGGACAGAAUGACUGAGAAGCUGUGGCCGGAUUGGGAGGAAUGUAUGACGAAUGGAUUCACAAAAGAGGCAACAAAAUAGAAAGAUACUUAUAUCUGAAAGGGACCACUUUUGGGACAUACCUACAACAUUUUUUUGUGCGCGCUUGCCUUUAAAAAGCUGGAAUCAAUCAUUCCUAGUGUCAGUCAAACAACGACAGGGAUUGAUUUCAAUAUUGCUUUAUUCAGCACCCAGAACUUACUGGCUAUUGGUAUAUCGAACCCCAUUCGCAUAUUUCGACUGUUGAGGCAAACUGGUACAAUGUUUAUACGCUAAUUUUUAUCGGGAUUUGUGGGUAGAAAAAUAAUGCAAAUAGUUUUAUGGUAUAAUUUUACGCUCGAUUCCAUUUUUUCCGAUUUCCAAGAUCAAAAUGCGAGGUAUAAAUGAACAUUUAAUACUUUAAUAGGCACCAACGUGUUUGUUUACAGUAUAAUUAAUCUGCUUUAUCCAUUUUGUAAUAUUUUACAGAUUGAAAAACACAAUACUACAGUUCAACUUUAAAGUGACGCAAAUAUAUGUAUAAAAUGCAGGUCUACUUUGUGAUCAACACAUAGUGUUGCAGUAUAAACUGUACAUAUGUUAAUUAUAUGUAAUUAACGUGCUUUGUGGUGCAACAACUUCACACCGUAGAUAAUGAAGUUCAGUUGUUACUCGUAGUUCACAUUAGUGAGCUACAAGUAUUAAGUGAGUUGUUUUGUAUUGGUGUGUCAAGCAAGGAAGAGAACCCAGAUUUUUGCAAUCUGUUUUACUAUAACAGUUGUUAUUCCUUACAGAAUGUUCCAUUUCAUGAUCUGUAGGCUACUCUUACAAUUGUGCCUCUUAUCAAAAUGUUGUUAAUUGUUCUUUUUGAGAUCGUUAUGGUACUGUAAUAGUCAAUUUCAUCGUGGCAUUGUGAAAGAUAUUUAAUGUGUUUGGUAUUUUAUUAAACAGAAUGCCUUUAAAGAUUUAUAUCUAAAUAAUGAAUAUAGUUAUCCAGGUUAAGAUAAAUAGUUUUGAUAGUUAAGUUUUGUAAGUAGAAUGUAUCUCAACAAAAUAAUUUUAUCAAAUAUUAAAGAUAUAUUAAGGUUUUAAUUAUUUUCUUUCUGUUGUACCAUAAUUGCUUCGAAUAUUAAUAAAUUUAUU